UCAACCGUUGACAGAUUCUUGGCAAUCCAUCUUCAUCUCAGAGAACAGGAACUUGUGACUCACAAGCGGGUUGUUGCUGUAGUGAGUUCAGUCUGGGUUUUAAUUGUCUUUACCAGUGCCUUGCUUGGUUUGAAAUGGAUACGGAUUCUUGGCUUUAUCUCAAUCCAGUUGCCAUCAGAGGAAGAAUAGUGGAACACUGAGAGCUUCUUAGGACUGUUCAACUAUUCCCGCAACGAAUCAUUUCCAGUGUCAGUCUCACUUGAAAGAGAAAACAGUUGCAGAGCUAUUCAGGCUAUUCAAAAGUUCCGUACAAAGACAGAAACGUAAUGAUGGAAACUGAAAGUUUUCGAGAAGGCUGUCGCCGAACAUGAAUCAAACUGAGUUCUCUCUUUAGUCCAGUUGCCAUCGAGCAAAGGAAGAGUGCAGAAUGACGGAAGCUGAAGGUUUUCAAGGUUUGCCCACGACUCUUGUCGCUAACUGCGCCGUCAACGCUUUUUUGUCUUUCACUGCCAUCUUGUUGAAUGUCAUAACAAUACAAGCGCUCCGAAAAACGGCGUCGUUGUCAAAGACUUUAAAAACAUUACUCCUGAGUCUGGCUGUUUCUGAUCUUGGUGUUGGUUUGCUUGCUCAACCUCUCUAUACAGCAACUCUUGUAAUAAAAAUUGAUCAAAGUACGCUAUUUGGAUGCAGCGUUCAAUGUAUUUCCCGUAGUUUUCGACUUCUUGGAUAUGUAUUUUUGCCUGCUUCAUUUUUUGGCAUUUUCGCUUUUACUGUUGACAGAUUCUUAGCCAUUCAUCUUCAUCUCAGAUACCAGGAAGUUGUGACAUACAAGCGAAUUGUUGCCUUAGUGAUCUCAAUAUGGGUGCUCAGUUCAGCUCUUUCCGUACUAACAUUGAUUGGAAAUUUAGAGAAAGUUCUCUCUUCCGUUAUUGGAAUUAUUGGGUCUGUUUGUCUAAUUAUUGCAGGAGCGCUUUGCUGCAAAAUGCACGCAGUUGUUCGACGCCAUAGAAAUGAAAUUAAUAGCGCUCUGCAAGUACAGCAAGUAGCACAGAAUGGAAAACUGGCAAGUGACGCAAGGCUGAAAAAAACUGCACUUGCUAUAUUUUAUGUGUAUGUCGUGUUUUUGGGAUGUUAUGUGCCAUAUUUUUGCGUGAGAGCUGCUUCUAUAAUCUGUGGUGAGUCUGUCUUGCGACAGCAUCUGUUUUAUUAUUUUUUGACACUGAUAUAUCUUAAUUCAUCUCUCAAUCCUUUGGUCUACUGUUGGAAGAUGCGAAACAUUCGACAGGCUGUGAUGAGUGUACUUCGUAACAUCUUUCAAAGUCAGUAAGGCCUACCAAAGUCAAAGAUAGGUAUGAGGCAACAUUUGAACCUCUUCAAGGAGACCACACCAGAAAAGCAAUACGUUGGAAUGCCGUUCCAAGAACCUGAAAUAAAAGAAUGCUGUUCUGAUAACUUAAUGCGCUAUUAUGCUUUUUUAUAUAUAAAGGACAUAAGACGCCCUAAACGAAAGGAAGAGCUUCAGACACUCACUCCUAUACUUCACUAACACUAACUAUUUUACUGACUCUUCUCCACUGAUUCAGAAGAAUGCUAAACUGAUUUGUCAUACUGAUAUAACUCAAAUCUUCAACAAUAUACAGUCACUCUUCUCAUCUAAACCAGGAACUCCGUUUUGCUUCUUCCUCGUUUAGUUGUUACCCUUUGUUAUUCGGUAUCUUUCAGUUAGCUACUCUACUCCACUUAGGCCCACCCCGAUCCUUUCGACCUUGCCCUUUAAACGUACUAGAGAAGGUUUUCAAAGGAUGUAAUUGUCUUCGUUUGCUACGUACUUCUUGUUUCUGUUUUCCAAAUACUCAAAACUUACCUAGUCGGGUUUGUUUUGACCAUAGUGUAUGCAAUCAAACCGUAUUUCACUGUCAUGGUCAAAGAUAAUAUUCGAUCUUUGCUAUAGUUCGUUAACUUAGCGCUUGGUAAAGAACGGCACCUGAGGCAGUUAACAAAUUAGCCGUGCAGUUUCUUUUAAGAAAGAUUAUCAUUUAUCGGUAAUUUAGACGAAGCCGGGGAAGAAGGGUUCGUUCCGUUGACCUUAUUUUAGGAAUAGGUAUUUAAAAAUAGUUUUUUUUGUGCGUGGGACUUAGUAUGAAGACCAGUAGUUUGUUUAUUUUGCCGGUACAAUAUAGCGUCAACAAUUGUAGCCUGUUCCAGGCUCCGAGAUAGUGGUGAAAAGUCGUUCAGUAAAAAGAAAUGCGAAAAACGCGCGGGGGCUGAGGAGAGACAGGGCGGCGGAGCCUGUACGCAUUUUUUUAACGGCCUGUUCCGGUAUAUCAGCUCCUGAUAUACCCUCUGAUUGGUCAAUUGUGACAGUUAAAUUUAGCCCAAGUUUUCAACCAAUGCAGGUUUCGUUGGUCAUACCUAUCAUGUGCAGCUGGUUACACUUGAACACGCAACACCGGAUGAUUGGUUACUUCUUGUAAACCUUUCUUUGGGUGGAAGAGGAAAAUUUUUCCCUCAUCUCCUCGCACUCCUUUAGUUGAAGGACACGUGACCAUAUAAAUUAUUAUUCAUUUCUUUUAAUGAACUAUCAGUGCAUUUUUUGCCCGAGGGCAGCAAAUGAGUUGGUUUGGAGCCUUUUUCCUUAAGGUCUGUUUGACUUUGAAUUUGCCAUCCAAUGCAAACCAGCUGCCUAACAAGUUAAAUGUCGCGUCAACAGUUUCAAGUACUUUUACUAGAAAGACUGGGUCUUUCUAUUAUCCAUGAUUUGACUGACGAAAUUCAACAGUUACAAAGCUCGACGAUUAGACGAUCGUAUUGCCAUUCCGAUCAAGUUUGACAAUUAACGUUAAAACUGCCAAAAAUCGUGCUGCAUGUUCAAAGUUUUGUCUUACUUAUUACUUCUGCUUUUAUUAUUUUCUCGUUCCCUUAGUUGUCGUUGUCGUGGUUGCUCGACCUCGCAAAAUCAUUCUCAAUAUGCGACCAUUUCGUUGAAAAACCGACGAUUUGAUGAAAAACGCGCGACAAAAACGACGUCCGCAGGUACCCAAAGAGAGGCUCAAAGGUCUCCCUUUAAGGACCUGUAACCAAAAAAAAAAAAAUUCUAAUAAGCAGCUCUAGGCGAGUUAAUCGUCUCUAUCGCGACAAAAGCGUUCGUUUUAAUUAUAUAAGCCUUUUUGCACUGUUUUCGACAACGAAUAGCUGCCUUAUUUCUCUGGGAUGAACCGCUGUAAAUGAACUCCAAAUACGUCAAUAACGUUCUCAAAUAAUGUUGUCUUUUCCUUUUUGACUGACUUAUUUCAACACUUAUAAAAAUGGACCUACCGUUAUUAUUAAAAGGAAAACAUAUUCACAUUUUUGUAUAAUGAGCACAUCACAUUUAAAUUUUCCGCUUUCUGUUAGAGGAAAGGUCUAAUUUAUUUCAAACGACUGAGUUCAUAUUUCGGUCCAGCAAAUACUUUCAGUGAACUAAACUUGUUUUUAUACCUUUGCAACCAAACAAAGCAACGAGAGUUAGCUUGUUCAAUAAUAACAGGAAGCGUAGGGAAACAUGAGAGUCUGUUCCGUUAGUCAAGCGAAGAAGCACUUCCUCAUAAACACCUGCGAGACCCUUAAAAGCUGUAUUCAACCAGAAAAACUACUUAUGUUCAACCACCAUCGUGUUGAACAUCAUAACAUUGCUCCUGAGUCUUGCUGUCUCUGAUUCUGAUUCGUUCUGGUUCAACCCACUUAUGUUGCAGUUCUUGUAAUGAAAAUAGACUCGACAAAACGCUUAAAAUAGUGCUUUUUACACAAUAUUUGACACAUUUUACAUCCAGAGCUCUUUAUUUGGUUUUGCUUCCUUUUUUGGCGUUUUAGCGUCAACCGUUGACAGAUUCUUGGCAAUCCAUCUUCAUCUCAGAGAACAGGAACUUGUGACUCACAAGCGGGUUGUUGCUGUAGUGAGUUCAGUCUGGGUUUUAAUUGUCUUUACCAGUGCCUUGCUUGGUUUGAAAUGGAUACGGAUUCUUGGCUUUAUCUCAAUCCAGUUGCCAUCAGAGGAAGAAUAGUGGAACACUGAGAGCUUCUUAGGACUGUUCAACUAUUCCCGCAACGAAUCAUUUCCAGUGUCAGUCUCACUUGAAAGAGAAAACAGUUGCAGAGCUAUUCAGGCUAUUCAAAAGUUCCGUACAAAGACAGAAACGUAAUGAUGGAAACUGAAAGUUUUCGAGAAGGCUGUCGCCGAACAUGAAUCAAACUGAGUUCUCUCUUUAGUCCAGUUGCCAUCGAGCAAAGGAAGAGUGCAGAAUGACGGAAGCUGAAGGUUUUCAAGGUUUGCCCACGACUCUUGUCGCUAACUGCGCCGUCAACGCUUUUUUGUCUUUCACUGCCAUCUUGUUGAAUGUCAUAACAAUACAAGCGCUCCGAAAAACGGCGUCGUUGUCAAAGACUUUAAAAACAUUACUCCUGAGUCUGGCUGUUUCUGAUCUUGGUGUUGGUUUGCUUGCUCAACCUCUCUAUACAGCAACUCUUGUAAUAAAAAUUGAUCAAAGUACGCUAUUUGGAUGCAGCGUUCAAUGUAUUUCCCGUAGUUUUCGACUUCUUGGAUAUGUAUUUUUGCCUGCUUCAUUUUUUGGCAUUUUCGCUUUUACUGUUGACAGAUUCUUAGCCAUUCAUCUUCAUCUCAGAUACCAGGAAGUUGUGACAUACAAGCGAAUUGUUGCCUUAGUGAUCUCAAUAUGGGUGCUCAGUUCAGCUCUUUCCGUACUAACAUUGAUUGGAAAUUUAGAGAAAGUUCUCUCUUCCGUUAUUGGAAUUAUUGGGUCUGUUUGUCUAAUUAUUGCAGGAGCGCUUUGCUGCAAAAUGCACGCAGUUGUUCGACGCCAUAGAAAUGAAAUUAAUAGCGCUCUGCAAGUACAGCAAGUAGCACAGAAUGGAAAACUGGCAAGUGACGCAAGGCUGAAAAAAACUGCACUUGCUAUAUUUUAUGUGUAUGUCGUGUUUUUGGGAUGUUAUGUGCCAUAUUUUUGCGUGAGAGCUGCUUCUAUAAUCUGUGGUGAGUCUGUCUUGCGACAGCAUCUGUUUUAUUAUUUUUUGACACUGAUAUAUCUUAAUUCAUCUCUCAAUCCUUUGGUCUACUGUUGGAAGAUGCGAAACAUUCGACAGGCUGUGAUGAGUGUACUUCGUAACAUCUUUCAAAGUCAGUAA